AUGCUAGGUGUGCUCCUUCAACUUAAGCAGGGAGCUGGAACGACAUCUCUAUUUGACACACACCACCAAACUGUUGUGAUACUUAUUGUUGCUCUAGUCGUUUAUGGAGGGUCAUUAAUUGGCUCUACAUAUACUCCCCCUGAAUUUGUAAAAUUCGUGAACGCGCUUAGCCUCAGUUUUGGAGCUCUUACCAUCAUUUUGGAAUUGAUGAUCCUUGUCCCAAAUUUAGGGUCAGCUGCCCUCCUCGUCUGGCUCUUUUGCGUUGUGAGCUUUGUAGCUAUUUACUUGUACCGAAACGUCAAAGAAUUGUCUAAGACUAGUGCAGAAUUGUUUAAGAGAGCAGUUGGAGGAAUUGUUGGCGCUUGUCAAAAUUUGAUAAAUUAUCUGAAGAACAAGAUCAGUCCCAACGAGGAGUAA